AAUCCAAUUGGUGAAAACAGAAUUGUUUACUGAUUAUCAUCGCCUGAUUGUGUUUAGAGAAAAAAUACAGUACUUAUAUACAAAAAAGUUUUUAUUGUAGAAGCUAGAAUGAUAUUAUUAAGCAAUAUGUUGUUUGGCAUUACAUAACUGGCAAAAUUCGUGAGUCUGCGCUGUGUGGGUAGUUUGUAGGAAAGUUUGCCAAGAUUCCCCUGUCUCUCUGUACAUAACAAUAGCCCCACUUAGCUCAAUAAACCUGUCAUGGUGCGUCACGACGCCAUAAUUAAAUCAGAAAUUAUGGCAAAUCGCUCAUAGGCCAGCGCCCUCUCCUUAAGCCUCACUCCCCUUAAACCUGGCAGUAGUUUGAGCGAGUUUACGCAGCGCCGUCGCUGCGACGCCCCCGACGCCUUCCAAACCAUCGCAUUUUCGAAUGGCGCGCAAUUGAAAUCCUCAAUCGGGAAAAUGAUAUCAGAUCGCGUUUUUGUGAUCUAGCGAUUCGAAAUUGGGUGACGUCGCGAUGUUUUAUCGACGAAUAAAACGAAUCCUGCCAGUAGUGUUUGCGCUGCGUCGACACCACUUGGCGUUUUUGGUUUGUGCAGCCGCGAACGAGGUUAGUGGUGAUCGCGGCGAUCUUGUCAAGUGCACGGCCAAGAAUCAGUUUGUGAACUUCGUAAAUAUGCGGAAAGGGGCUGAGGGGUUCAAGAUUGAGGCCUCCGAUGGCUUGCUGUUGUACUAUGAUCAGUUCUCGUUUUAUUCCCAAAAGGUGGUUAUGGCCCUUCAUGAGAAGAACCUCGCCUUCGAUAGCAAAAUAGUAAAUUUGAUCAAAAACGAACAAUAUCAACCUUGGUUCCUCUUCUUGAAUCCUAGAGGGGAAGUCCCUGUCCUCCAGGACACCGGCAAGAUCAUUCCCGACUCGGCGCGGAUUGUCGACUACUUGGAGGACAAUUUCAGUAAUGGAGACACUCCCAGACUUAUCCCCAUGGAUCAGGGGGCUGAAGUUAGYCAGAGAGUCACUCAUUUCAGACAUAUCCUYCAGAAAGCGCCUGCAGGAAUGCUAACCACCGGCGCAAUCCUCAACCAACACCUUUUAAGAAAUCCAAAAAGUCCGUUUUUCGCACCGAUUCGGAAGGCGCUUGCGAAUGCUGAAAAGAACAGUGGGAAACAUUUGAGGGAGUAUGCAGAAAAAAAUCCAGAGGCCAAAGAAGUGCUGUUGAAGAAAGCGAGCGUUCGGGAGGAACAGUACAAACAACUGUCUGUCGAGAAGAAUUUUAGAGAUGUUCUAAAUCAAGUGCAUACGAUUUUAGAUGAAAUUGAAGCGGAAUUGGAGAAACACAAGGGUGAUAAGGAAGACUGGUGGRUMUGUUCUGAUAGAUUUACAAUAGCAGAUGUUGAGUUGACGAUUUUAUUAAUAAGGAUCAGUCAGUUAGGCCUUGAACACAUCUUUUGGAGUUCGGGAAAGAGGCCUUGUAUUGAAAAAUACUACGAAAGGGUUAAGACAAGGGAUUCGUUUAAGAAGACAGUUCCAGGGACCUUAGUGUUGCUAAAAACAAUACUCAUGUCACAAGCACCGCUCGUUAUCGGUGUAGUGGCUGCUGUGGCGUUGGUCGUUGGAGGGGCUAUCAUCGUAAAAAAAUAUAUUGCUUAGAUAAAUAGUGAUGCGCGUAUUUUUAAGUUUCUGUUAAUAGGCGGUACCAAAUAUUUUUAUAUUGAGAGGUAGUCGCGGUUGAUUUAUUCUAUUUCCGAAAAUAAAUAUUUCAUUGAAACGA